CUGGCAACAAUCGCCUGCCAUCUUUGAGUGUGUUACAGGCCGCGGCGCGAGCGGGCCCUCACUCAACGAGAGAAACUGUCUCGAACUAGAUAUAUUGUAACACUGGACGACGCAUUAUUAUACCCCGUUAGCACCCGAACAAUCGUAAACGGACGAAAAGCGUAACUAGGUAUAUAAACAACUAGGGGGCCCAUUCAAAGUGUAGAGCAUCUCGGUGUUUGCCAACGACCCGACUAGCUAACCAUAUUUAGCCGACCAGGGUUAGCUGGCUAGCCAGCUUUUGUAAUCUGCCGGCCAGACACCCACCCGUUCACUACAACUCAAGCCAAAACCCUCAAGUCAUACGAUAGACACGAGGACAAAGAAGUCACCAACAGUGGAAGUUACCAUGCCACUGGUGCAUAAACUUCUGUUUCUGACCAUUGGAGACUGGUUCUGGGGGUGAGGCCAGAGGACCAGACUCAAUGAGUUUCCAGCGACAUGUCAGAGAAGUCAGGGCAGAGCACCAAGGCAAAGGAUGGCAAGACGAAGUAUGCAACCCUUAGCCUCUUCAACACCUACAAGGGAAAAUCUCUGGAAACCCAGAAAACUGCAGUGGCUGCCAGACAUGGGCUCCAGAGUUUGGGCAAAGUUGCUGCCAGCCGGCGGAUGCCCCCUCCUGCCAAUCUGCCCAGCCUGAAGGCAGAGAACAAGGGCAACGACCCCAACGUCAACAUCGUCCCUAAGGACGGCAGCGGUUGGGCAUCGCGACCAGAAGGAGGGGAGGAAAGCAGGCAGCAGGAGACCCCGCCGCCACAGCCCAAACCCCCACCUCCCCCAACACCGGAGCCCUCUAUAGCCGCCAGCCGGUCCUGGGCCAGCAGCAAGCCACCAACACAGCCAGACGGUACCCCUCGUGUGAGCAGCCAGUUUCACCAGGAGUUCCCCAGCCUGCAGGCAGCUGGAGAGAUAGAGAAGGCAGACGGACAAGAGGAGGAGCCUUAUGGACCUGGCCCCAGCCUUAGACCUCAAAAUGUUGGCAGCUGGAGGGAAGGAGGGGGCAGGAACCUGAACACUGCACCCAGCCCCCCUGAGAUGGAGGGCGGUCCCCUGGAGGAGGGCGGGGGCCCAGCCCCAGUCACUGCCUCACCCCCAGGGGAAGCUGAGCCGGACCAGACCCCGGCCAGCGAUGGCCGGACUCUGGCCAGUGAUGUUCAGAGGGAGAAGAGGGAGGGCAAGGAGCGGCUGCCCCCCACUGGUCCCCCUCAGGCUAAGCUCAAUGGGGGUCAGCAGCCUACUGCGGGGGCACCUCUGCAGUUCCAGCCUCCUUUCAGGAGUAUGAUGCCCCCUUAUAUGUUCCAUGCGUAUCCUCGAAUGCCCUUUGCCCCCGGCCAAGCGAGCUUCAGGCCCCCCAGACCUGGCCGUCCUCAGCAGGGCCCUCCUCAGGCGUGGCUCCAGGAUCCAAAAAGGCCAUCCAUCGUCAGCGCCACAGAACUCAAGGAGCUGGACAACUUGGACACUGACGCUGACGAGGGCUGGGCUGGAGCUCAAAUGGAAGUGGACUAUACAGAGAAACUCAACUUCAGUGAUGAUGAAGAAAACCAAGCUGCUAAAGAAAAGGGAGAUGCCUGGGAGUGGAUGGGUAAAGUGGAGAGAAUGAGACCCCGGCCAUCAGACGGCCGGGUUGGAGUGAAGGAAGGCUCUGAGGACCAUGUCUGCAACAAGGGCUCCCGGGCAGAUGGUGUAGACCCCAGAGCGCCCUCUCCUAGCAGCCAUGGGCAAUACAGUAAAAGUACAAUUCCACAGGACUACAAGGGCCAGAGUGCUGGUCGUUCAGCAGCUGCCGGAGUCUCUCGCGGCGCCAAACCACCGACUGCAGCAUCUGGAGAGGAGGACUCGGAGGCCUGGCGACAAAAGCGCAAGAAGCAGUCUGAUCUCUCGGAGGCUGUGGAGCGAGCCAGGCGCCGGCGGGAGGAGGAAGAGAGGCGAAUGGAUGAGCAGCGGCUGGCGGCCUGCGCUGAGAAACUAAAGCGCCUCAAUGAGAAGCAUCGACCCGCAGCCGAGAACACAGCCGACCAUGCCGACGAGGAAACGGGUGCUGCGCAUGACAAAACGCCCCCAAUGGCGGUUCCCCCUCCCGCAUUGAAUGCAGUGCCGUCGAUACCGCAAUCCCUGCCCUCGACGAUGCAAGCUUCUCCACCAGACAAGGAGACGCUAGAAAGGGAGAGGGUGGAGAGGGUUGGAGAACGGCUGGAGAGGGAGACGGUUGAGAGAGACCUGGAGAGGGUGGAGACAGACCGGGACGAGCGAGAGAGGGAGAUGCGGGAGAGGGAGGCGGCGGAGGCCAGUGUUGAGGAGGAGGUUCACUUCGGGGCACAUCAGCCUAGUCCUCCGGUCCAGAGAUCUGUUGUCAUGGCUCCCGACCCUCCAAGUGGAGCCGAUGGCUCCUUGUCAGACCUUGUCCCCCUGGUUGAGAAGAGUCACCCUGACAGGACGUCCAAGCCCAUCAGAGACUAUUUCAACAUUGAUGACAGUCGAGAUGAGCCUCAUCUUUCCUGUAUGGACCCUCCCAACCCUGGAGAAGAUUCCAUCGCACCCUUGGAUCUAGAGGGGGAGAAUGGGGCUGGCAUGCGACCCCCGCUGACCUCGGGCUACUCUAAACAGUUCCAGAAAUCUCUGCCUCCACGCUUCCUCAGGCAGCAGGAGCAGAUGAAACAGCAACAAUGGCAGCAGCAGCAGAGUGGCAGGUCUGUGUCCCCAUCAGCCACUGGGACCGGGGUUUCACCCACACAGCAGCAGCAACACCGUUCCGUGUACCAGCCCAUGGGUCCUCACCAUCAGCACCUGGCCACCAUGGGAUUUGACCCCCGCUGGCUUAUGAUGCAGUCCUACAUGGAUCCCCGCAUAAUGUCUGGACGGCCACCGAUGGACAUGCAGCCCAACAUGCACCCAGGGAGAAUGGCUCCUAAACAGCGCAGGGAGCCAGGAGACCAAUCCAGCUCCAGCUUAGACUCCUUUGACCACCUGACCUUGCCCAGUCGAGACCACGGACUGGCCUCCGAACCAUGUAUGGUGUGGGGCUCUGAUGCCUACGCCCAGUCUGAACCCUUUCCCUCGGUCACACCUUCUAAAGGAAGGGAAGAUUGCAAGGAAUCCAGGCUGGAUUCUGGUUUGGAUCUGGACAGAGGCCUUUCUGCCAUGUACCCGCAGGACCACAGUUCACUGGAUUCACGAAAAAGUGACUUUUUCCGGGAACCCGCAGAGGCACUGUCUCCAUUUGGACAGGGCCAAGAUGACCUCUCACGCCCUCUGGACAGAGCCCCUGUGGGCUCUGGUUUUGAUCUGGAUGACCCAGGUCUGCCUAGCGGGGAAGAGGUAGAAGCCCUUGGCCAGGCCAUGCUUCAGAGGAGCGUGUCCCAUGGCUCAAACCAAUCAAUAAAAAUUGAUGAGCCCAGGUUCGAGGUUCUGUCCAUGGGUGCUAAAUCUAUGGAGCUGCUCGAUGCAGUGGAGAAAGCCGAAGAAAAGCUACGUCAUGAGUCAUUUUCUCAGCCAUUGAGCUGUAGCAGGGCUACACCACAGGCUGAUAUCCUCCACAAACCAGAGAAGCUGGCCUUGCCCGCCUCCAGCAAGCAGAAAGCAGAGUUGCGCUGGGGCGGGAGGUCCGGAGCGUGCCGAAGGGAGGGUCUAAGUGGAGAGAGGCCCCUGCGCCGGUCGGGCCCUAUAAAGAAGCCUGUCCUGAGGGACAUGAAGGAGGAACGCGAACAACGGGAGGAGAGGGAGAAACGCCUAGAGAAGGGUGAGCGAGGGGAGAACCCCAAAAAGGAAGCUGCACCUAAAGCUCAGUCCGCUGCCGACGCCAUUUCAGAGGGGUUCAGGGCUCAGAGUGAAGGCCCAAGAGUGGCAGCCGAGCCCACCGAGGUGGCCCAGGGCCUGCAAAUGACAAGAGACUCUCAGCCUUCUUCUGGAGUCCCAACCCUGUCUUCACAGGAAGAUAAACUAGAGAAACCGGCAGGUCACAUCGUGCAUCCAGAACCCAAACUUCCCUCCAGGAAAGAGUCAAACCUCCCUCCAAGGGCAUACCGGCGUGAGGAGCGAGAGAGGGAUAGGGAUAGGGAUAGGGAGCGGGAUAGGGAAAUGGACAGGGACCGGGAGUGGCCUGCAGACGGCUUUAAAGGUCGUGGCCGUGGAGAGUAUUAUGCCAGAGGUAGGAGCUACAGAGGGACAUACGGUGGGAGGAGCAGGGGAGGUCGCGGUCGUAGCCGAGGGGAGUACCCUUUCCGGGAUCCUCGCUCCCACGCUGAUCUCCCAGUGGGCGGGGCCGCUUCUUUCCGGAAUAGGGAGGAGAGCGAGACGCGCAGCGAGAGCUCUGACUUUGAAGUCAUGCCAAAGCGCCGGCGGCGCCGUGGUUCUGAUACAGAUUCAGAGAGCGAGGGCGGAAGAGAGUCGGCCAGUGACACGGGUCCCUCGGACCGAGAGCCCAGCACAAAACCCAACCGAUCACUCAGACGGGAACUGCCCAGUGAGACCCGGCCUGCUCCCCACAAGCCGGGUUUCGGACCCCCUCACAACGGGGAGAGGGGUGGGCCAAGAGGGGAGGAUGAGAGCAGGCCCAAGCCAGGGUUUCUCCCCAAGGGAGAGCCAUCUCGUCGGGGUCGGGGAGGGCUGUACAGCAGGCGUGGCGGAACCAGGGAGCGAGGAGGCUCCCGCUCUGUACCCCUCAGGAGGCCUGGUACCAGAGAGUCCUCUCAGUGGCCCUCCAAACCCAUGGAGACAUUUAGGCCAGAGGACACAGAGUCUGCAUCCUCAAGGUAUGACCAUCCAGCCAACGAUCGGCGGCCUCCAAAAUACGAUGUCAAUAAGUUUAGGGAGGGGGCGUCUCAGAGUAGCAGGGAGAGACCUCGUCGGCCUAGGCCCGCCCGCCCCCCGAGGCAGGACAAGCCUCCGCGUUUCCGUAGGUUGAAGGAGAGGGAAGCAGCAGUGUUGGCUGGGGGAGACGCGGCCUCCAUCCCCCCUGCCCCGCUACCCUUAGUGCCAGCAACCAGCACCACUGCUAUCCCCUCCCCUGUGCCCCACACCAUGUCCCCGGCCAUUUCCAGGGCACCGGGAACCCCUGUCACCAUGCCUGCAGAAGUAGGUGCCACCUUGCCUGCCCCUGAUGCCUGCUCACACACUGAAGCGUCCCUGCCAGACACAGGCAGCCCCACCGUGGCCGUCGGCGGCACCAAGUCACCGGACCUGUCCAACCAGAACUCCUCAGACCAAGCCAACGAGGAAUGGGAAACGGCGUCCGAGAGCAGUGACUUUAAUGAAAGAAGGGAACGGGAGGAGAGGCGGGGAGCGCUUGAGGCGGCCAACGCAGCGGCCGCCGUAGCUCAUGCUUCUGCCCCUCCACCUGCUGCCCCUCAGGGCUCCAUGACCCCCACCAGGACCCCUCCUGAUACGGUUCACAGACGCGACGGCACUGCAGCCUCCAAGAGGAGCUUCUCCAGCCAGAGGCCUCCGGAUAGGCCCAACCGCAGGGGAAACAGUUGUCCCAAGCCGGGCCGUGGCUACGCUGCAGGCAAGGGGGAAAGACGGGGAGGAGCCAAAACCGGACGCAGAGGCGCUGCAGGACAACAGAAUCCAGAUUCUUCCUCGGCAGCUGCAGGCUCGGGGGCCCAGAGAGGCUCUAAAGAUCUUCCCACACGCCGCAAAGACGAUGCCAAACAGCCCGCCAAGAAGCCCAAAGAGAAUGCUCUCUCCCAGUUUGACCUCAACAACUACGCCAGUGUAGUAAUCAUAGAUGACCACCCUGAGGUCACCACCACGGAGGAUCCUCAGUCCAGUGCAGUGGAUGACGGCUUCACCGAGGUGGUGUCUCGAAAGCAGCAGAAACGACUGCAGGAUGAGGAAAAGCGGAAGAAGGAGGAGCAGACCCCUCAGAACUGGGGUAAGAAAGGCUCUGGAGAGAAGGGCAGAGGAGGUGGAGGAAAACUCCCACCAAGAUUCGCAAAGAAACAGUCAUCACAACAGAACCACCAACAACAACAAAACUGCCAGCCUCAGCCCUCGCUGGUUGCUUCUGUAUCUAGUGCCCCUUCCCAACCCCAGGCCCCCAUCUCUGUCCCCCAGCACCCUCACCCAGCCCUCUCUCAACCAGCCACUGUCCACCUACCUCUGGAAGGAGUUGUGGCCCCUCUGCCUCCCAUCGCCUCCCCUGCCGUGGACUUCACCUCCAAGAGCCUACCGCCGGCCACCUCACAAGCGCACAGCACCCUCGGUACGGAGCUUUGGGAGAACAAGAUAUCCGGCUCCACUGGGCUCCCUGAUGUCAAGAAACUUGGGCCAAUCAGCCCAUUACACCCACCCUCAGUCAGUGCCUGGAACAAACCACUCACAUCUUUCACAGGCACUGUGACCACUGAGGGUUUGAAGUCUGGAGCUGAGGCGAGCACUGAGCUGGGAAUGGACAGCAUCCAGUUCGGAGCGCCGUCGUCCACUGGCAGCACAGACAGCGAUGGUGUUCCCGCCCUGCUGGAGACCUGCGUCGAAAACAAACUGCCGGCCCCCAAGGAACAGAGGCAGAAACAGCCCCGUGCCGGAACAAUCAAAACACAGAAGCUCCAUGUCAUGGAGCCGCUGGAGACCAAGGAAUAUAAGCCGGGCCCCAUCGGAAAGGAGCGCUCCUUGAAGAACCGCAAGGCCAAGGAUGCCCGCGGGGGGGAGGGCGAAGGCCUGGAUGCGGGGGUACCCGGCGGGGUGGUAAGCAGAGCCACAGACUCAAGCCCCACCACCAGUGAUGCCACCGUGCCAGAGCUUAGCGGAGACAUCGAGGGCAUGAUCACCGUGCCGUCGGCGGAGUACACCAGCAACUCCAAGGAGUCUGUAACAGACUACACCACCCCCUCCUCCUCACUGGCAGAUAGUGUUCCUACAGGAGUAGGCAAGCUGGAGGAGAGCCUGGUGGCAAAUGUGGCACUGCCUCACUCUCUGCCUCUGCCCCGGAGAGAGGCACUGCAGCAGACCUCAAGCCUAAGCACGGUCUCUCCUGCCACCGUGGACCUCACACUGAAGAUGGAGUCGGCCCGCAAGGCGUGGGAGAACUCCCCCAGCCUGGUGGAGAAGAACUGCGCUGUCACCUCCACUUCGUCCCCAAUCACCUCCGGCGCCGCCUCAUACUCCUUCUCCUCUGCCUCCGUGCCCCAGAUCCCCGUGGCCUCGGUCACCCCGAGCACCUCCCUGUCGGCCCCCGGGACAUACACCACGUCCUCCCUGAGCACCAAGACCACCACCGCCUCAGACCCCCCCAACAUCUGCAAGGUGAAGCCUCAGCAGCUGCAGGGCGUGGGCCUCUCGUCCUCGGGUAGCAGCUUCUCCCAGCUGGGCUGCGUGCCUCCUCUUCUGCCCCAGCAGACCCCCCAGGUCUACGUCUCCCAGUCUGCAGCAGGUUCUGCAGCCCAGAUUCCUGCCUUCUACAUGGACACUAGCCACCUGUUCAGUGCCCCCCACCCACGCCUGGCUCCCCCAUCAUUGGCCCAGCAGCAGGGUUACCAACCUGGACUUUCCCAGGUACGGAUCAAGAGCGCCAGCAUGCAGGGAACUCGGAAUGUUCUGAUGACUACGGCGGUGCAGCAGAUUCCCAUCCCCAUCUAUGCUCCUCUGCAGGGGCAGCCUCAGCACCAACACACCCACCAGGCCCAGUUGGGCCUCGGUUCCGGCCCGUCCGUCUCCCAGCCCCAGGACCUGUUCAGCUCCUCACUGCAACCCUACCGGUCUCAGCAGGCCUUCAUGCAGAGUAACCUUUCCCAGCCCUCAAUGAUGCUGUCGGGGCCCUCGCUGCACAGCUAUGCCGGCGUCCAGGCCUCUGAUCUGGGCAAGCCUCAGUCCAGCCUGGCCUACCAGCAGCCUUCGUCCGCCCAGCAUAUCCCUAUACUGUUCGAGCCACAGCUCAACCAGCCCUCUGGCAUGGGCAGCUCACAGCUCAUGGAUACGCACCUUAUGCAGGCUCGGCAGGGGAUGAAUCAGCAUUCCAACAUGUACUCGGGACACGGACACACACAUGGACAUGGCCACGGACAGAGUAGUUACUAUAGCAACACGCAGUCUGCUAGCUCCGCAAUGCAACAGGUCCCUCUGCCUGGCUCUCAGCUCUCCCUGUCAACCUAUGGUUCUGGUGCCGGCCAACCCCUGCUGGCGCUGCCCCAUACCCCGCCCCAGGCUCAGCCCAGCUCCAUGGGCCGGCAGCCCCCAGUGUCGCAGGCAUACAGGAACAUGAUGGGCCACAACCCUGGCAUGAUGCAGCCCCCAACCAGCAAGAUGGACAUGGACUUGAAGCUGUUUGGUGGUGGAAUGGACGUGAAGCCUGGAACCCCACCCAUCAACGCCAGAAGCACCACACCCACCUCCAGCCACUACAGGGCCAGCUCCACUUCUCCCAGCAGCCAGUCCAGUAAGAUGAACAGCAUGCUGUACCAGAAGCAGUUCCAGCCUAGCUCCGCCGGUAUGAGGAUGACCCCACACUUCCCUGGCCAGUACAAUCCACAGAUGCUCUCCCAGCCCAACAUGGUGUCCCCUCUGGUCCGCCCUCCCCACGCCUCCUCCUUCGCAGGGGGUGUCCAGCGCUCUGCUAUGGGUCAGCCCAUGUCUCCCACUCUGUCCCAGGGUUUAAUGCCUCACCCCCGACCCCUGCACCCGCUGCACAGCCAGCACCCACAGCACAGCCAGCACCCACUGCGGGCUCCCCCGGGACCCUCCCUCGUGCCCAGAGGCAACCACCAAUCCGCGAUGAAGGCAGAGCAUGACCUCAAGGCCAAGCAGAGGGCCGAGGUGCUCCAGUCCACCCACAAGUUCUUCGAGCAGCAGCAACAGCAGCAGAUGAAGACCCCUCAGGUCAACAAGGUGUCCCGCCUCGAUCAAAACAGCAAGCCCCCCCAUGACCCCAUGGCCUCCAACCACCAGUCGGGGGGCCUCUUGGAGCGACCACAGUCCGACAAGCCGCCCCUAUCCCUGGGGAAGCCUAUUCGGACUGGCCCCAUCAAGCCACAGGCCAUCAAACCAGAGGAGGGCAAAUAAAAGGCCACUCGCUCCCAUGGAAAAGAAAAAUGCUGACGGGAAUACAGGAGCGACGCCAGCUCCUUUCCUUCCAACCUCCCCCCGCUUCCCCUACUUCCCUUUCAUCAGCCCUGGGGAAGAGGGGGGGAGGGGGAGGUUAAAGAUGAAAAUGGUUACACAGAUGGUUACCCAGAAUGCACAUCUUAGAUAAUCCCCCCUCUCCUAGCCUCCCUUCCUUGCAGUGUUGGUAUUUGAUUAGUCUGCGCCCUGUGCGUUAGAUGGCUGAGGUGAGGUAAAUAUAUCACGGCCCACUCUUACGCAGACAAAAGAUUAGUUUGCCGUUUUAAUAGCGCUUUGGUUAUGAUUAUUUUCUUCUCUUUUCUUCCUUGUUUCUUUCCCAAAUAGAAGUGCAACCUACAGGGCAGGACAGUGUUCCCUUGGGGAUAGGAUGAGCUAAUCUUUGUUUUUUGGAGUUGGAAAACCAAUCGUAACUACUGAGAUGGGUAACGAUAUUUACUAAACUCAAGUUGUGUGCAUGUGUGCAAAUGCUCUGCACAACACUACCACAUGUGUACACCCCCCCCCCCCCCCUUUAUUCUCCAUCUUGGUCAAAGGUCUCAUCCACAUUCACUGAACACAGCGUAGAAUCAGGAUGGUUUAGGGUUUGUUUUUGUAUUCACAAAAGAUAAUGUGAGCGUUGAGCAGUUGAUUUUGAUUUACUCACUGAUUAGUCUGCCUGCAAGCCUUUACUCCUGCCUUCAGCUCUCUUCUUCUUGCCUGAUAAUCCAGACAAAGCAGUUUGUGUGUGUGUCUGGAAGGUAUGGGGUUGGUAUGCUUGUAUAUCUUCUGUAUAUUUAGCCAAAGGGUAAGCAGGGCAAAGAUGACGUCACAGGGCCUUUUUCAGAGAACCACAGCAGGGUUUUCGAGAGUUGCUAUCAGUCGUUUGGAAAACGGUUAUCCCCCCCCUCCCUCACAUCUCUCCACUUGUUCACCGGUCAUAACCAUCCAUGUUGACUUGCUGUUUUUACACACAAACUACACGCACGUUUUACUGUAAACCAUCCGGAACUGCUGCUAUGGACGGUGCGGCCCCGGCGGGGAUCUAGCAGGGGCAGGGGCCCACCUAAAGGAAUACAACAGGCGAGGGCUCAGGCCUUUCUUUGUUUUUGUAUUUCUAACCAAUCCGUGUGUAUGCGAGUGUCACAUGAAGAGAGGAGGAAGAGGCAGGAGAGAUGCCGAAUGGGCGGGCAAGAAAAGAAGCCUGAAGAUUCUGAAGUUUUAAAGGCAUUCUGGCAGACAGACUCUUCUGUUUCGUAUUUUGUUUGGUUACGUUUUCUUGAAUCAUUGAAGGAGAGCUGCCAGUGCUGCCCUCUCCUGCCUUUGCGUCUCCACUGCAGGCUCUCACCAAACGAUGCUCUCGCCUGGAUGGGUCACAGCAGCAAGUGUCCCCUGGAUAAUGUACAAUAGUACGCAGCCUUGCAGAGGGUUGAGGAAGGGGGGGUCUUGUGUUGUGGGAUAUAUGAUGAGUGAGGGAAGGGCAAUUCAUGGUUUAGUUCGUUUUUCUCCUUUGUGUUCUCAUAGUAUUUGUACAGGGGUUUCAUCGCUGUAUUAAAAAUGUACCGUCUUAUUUACAUUCUCUUUGGUUUGGUUACAGAAACUAAUAAAAUAAUAUGCUGUUAAAAUGUUA